AUGAAUCCAGUGGACGACCAGGCUUUGCUCCCAUCGGAGCUUCGAUUCGGCGCCUUCCCGAGCGUGCAAGUGCUGCAGACACCUCCCAUCAAUGGAUUAAUGCAGCCUGCGUUCUUUGACCACUUUGAGUCUGCGCUAGGCCACCCGCAGCUGCUGCGCUCGAUGCUGCAGCCGCAAUCGCAGCUCCCAGCAAUGCCCACUUCCAACAACGAGUUCCUGCGCCAGCCGCAUAUGCAACAGCAGCGACAGCAGCCCCAGGUCGCACCGAGAGCAACGCCACUGCAACAGAGCCACCACGAUGUCAUCCCUUGGCUUGGGAUUGAGUCGCACUGGCAGUUGCCGCUUGCGGCGGGGCAGAGUGGCGCAGCUGGCUUUGGCUCGGCUGCGAGUGCGCCUCCGUCGCUGCACGCUGUCACUCCAAUCGCCAGUGCUGCUGCUGUGACUCUUCCGUCUGCGUCUGCUGCGUCUGGUGGCUCCGGACCUACUUCUGCAAACGGACUGCCUUCGCUGGCGUUGAGUGCCGCUGCGGAUCCUUUCAUUCCGGGAUUCAAUUUCCAUCAGCUCGCUGGCAACGGAGCGAGACCCAUUCCCGAGUCCGUCAUGCUCGCUGCAGCCAUGUCACGCACUUCUACAGCGUCGGCCGGCAAGCCAGCUCCAGUACGUACACUCCCGUCAUCGCCCAUUCGGGCGGGGGUUGCCGCUGCACCUAUUGUUGGGGUUCUUGGCUCGCAGUCCAUGCUGGCUGACCAGGGUCUUCCGCCAAGUUCAUCUCUUUACAUGGCACAGCAAUCAUCCUCAUCAUCGUCGUCGUCGUCGUCAGCAUCAUCGUCGUCAUCGUCAGCUUCAUCAUCGAUGACGUUUUCUACCAUGACCAUGGGUGGCUUGAUAAUGUCACCGACCAAACAGCAUUACGCACAAAACACCGUUGUUUCGGACACGCAGAGCUUUGCUGGGCAGGAUGCGGCUGCAAGUGAGGUGGACUCUUCUCCACCGCGUGCUGAUAAAUCCAGCAAUGUCUUGUACAAGACAGAGCUAUGCCAUUCGUUCCAGAGCACCAAUUAUUGCAAGUACAAGGACAAGUGCCAGUUUGCGCACGGCGCGCACGAGCUCCGAAAUGUGCUGCGCCAUCCCAAGUACAAGACCAACUUGUGCCGAUCAUUCCAGGCAAUCGGUUCCUGCCCUUAUGGCCACAGGUGUCAUUUCGUGCACGAAGCCCCCAGCAAAACGGCCGAUGAAUCCUUCGGCAAUUCCGAUGCCCAGUUUGAACAGUAUUCGUCCUUUACAGGCUCUUUACUAUUCGAUCCUUGGGCAGUUUAA